AUGGGCUUCUCGGGCGGCGCCGGGGGAGGCACCGACAGCGACCAGAGCCGGAGCAGCGGCGCGGUGGACAUCCAGACCCUGAACGGCAUGCAGGAAUCGGGGGUGCAGCAGCACUUCGCGAUGCACCAGCAACGCCAGCGCCCGGAGGUGAUCCGAAUCGUCGGCGCCCAGGGCCCAGCCGGCACCGCGGGUCCGCGCCAGGGCGGCGAGGCAGCAGCCCUCGCCCUUCGGCCUGAACCCCAUCCCCCUGCCGCGCCCGCAGGGCCAGUCCAGCGGCAGCGAGGGCUCCAGGAUCAGCCGGCAGAGCCGCAGCGACCGCGGGCCCCUGGGGUCAGGAACAACGACGCCACCCAAGGCCUCUUCCCGGGCACCAUCGAGCCCAGCUGCUUCAUCAAGAGGAUCCAGCUCUACUCCAACGGCCAGCGCACCGAUGACAUCUCCGAGUACGGGAGGAGCUGCUUCCUGUACUCGCUGCUGAAGCCGCAGGAAUGGUAUAACCAGCGGGGCCUCGAGGGCUUCUGGCAAGACCUCGGGGGCAACGCCGUCGAGAUCCCCGCCGGCGAGUACAGGGACGUCCUCAUGAGCCCGACCCUGAUCGGGCUCUUCCAAAGUGGGAAGAUGUUGCCCCCGCAGCUGAACCUGGUCGCGGAGGCCGGGGACGCGCUGCGCCCGGCCGGCGGCACCUCCGACUUCAGCAUCGAGAGCGUCAGGGUGCUGGCCUCCCAGGUGACGCUGGACAGCGCCCUGGUGGAGUCCUUCAACAAGGUGCUGCUCUCGGGCCGCAGCCUUGUCUUCUCCUACCCGACGAUGCACACCCAGGUCUCCAACGUGCCCGCUGGCGUCACCAGCCACAACGUGACGGUCGCGAGGGCCUACACGAAGCUCAUGGGCGCCUUCGUGACCUUCCGGCAGACCACGGACUCCCUGGGCGAGCGCCGCAACCUGGAGUACCCAGGGCCGGCCGCGCACCCCUUCAACCUGGAGGGCCAGAUGCAGCUGGGAGCCCUGCAGUACCCCCGGUACCCCGUCUCCAGCUCGGCGGAGUUCCACCACUUCUUGGAGAUCAUGGGCGGCACCUACGACUCCAAGAUCAAGAACAUGCGCAUCGUGGACCAGUUCUACCCCAACACCGAAUUCAUCGCCGCCUUCCCCACGGAGCGCGUCCCCAAGCACCCGCUGAGCGGAAUCAGCACGCGGUCGGGCGACCUCGCGCGCUUCACCUUCAAGAACAUGCUGGCGGACCGCGCCCAGCGCAUGUACAUCCACCUGGAAACCAUGAGCUUAUUCGAGUCUACCAUCACCGGGAACAUCCUCAACGAUGGAGGCACCACCGAGAUCUCCGGAAUCACGGCCGGCCAGCUGGCCACCGUGCUGACCGCCUACACGCCGCUGACGGACACGGCCGCGAACGCCGCGGCCAUUGGCACCAAUGCCGCCGGAGUGGCCGCGAACACCGCGGCCGUGGCCUCCCUGCAGCGAACCAGUCAGCCUCACCGCCCUGAACGCCAGCCUCGCCACGGGGUGGACGCCAAGUCCACCCCCGCCUCCGUGGACGCCAAGCUGGCGAGCUACAGCAGCACCGCGGCCACGAACUCCGCCAUCGCCAGCGCCAACAAUGCCACCUUGGCCACGGUGGGCAGCA